AUGGAGGGAGGUUUUAUAGCAGGUCCAAUAGGGUAUUGGUUUAGGGUUCCAGGCAGUGAACAUGGCACAGGGUACUUGCCAAUUGUGACUGAUAAGGAUGCAAUUGAUAUGUGCAAAUUUGAGGAUCUCGAUCAUAUUAGUUUCAUUGGCCAUUAUAUUGAAGAUAUAGAAGAUGGCCCAAAUAUUAUCGACCUUGAAGAUGAUGAUGAUGAUCCUGAUGUAGGGUUUGAAUAUGGACAUGGGCCUUUUUCUUUUGCAAAAGAAUUUGGAUCAACUGGUGCUGAAGAAGAGCAUGACGGUUUAGGGUCAGAUAGGGAGGUUCAUGUUGAUGAUGAUGCAGAAAGGGAAGUUGGGACUGAUGGGCCAGAUAGGGAAGUUGGGACUGAAGUGCCUGGACAUGGGCCAGAUAGUGGUGUUGGACUAACUGGGCCAGAUAGGGAAGUUGGGAUUGAUGGGCCUGGACAUGGGCCAGAUAGUGGUGUUGGGCCAACUGGGCCAGAUAGGGAAACUGGGCAAACUGGUGGUGAAGCUAGACAGAGGGCCCAUGGGCCAAAUGCAAGAGUGACACUGAAAAGUAAGAAGAGGGCCAUGGACAAAGGGAAAAGGCCUGCAGUUGAAGAAGAAGCAGUGAACAAGACUAAGAAACAAACUGCUAGGGCCAAGAAAGGAUGUGCAAAGAGGUAUUCAACAAGGUCUACUGGGGAGAGUUCUACAGCAGCUAACAGGCAGUCUGAGGAGGUAGUUAACUCGGAUAGUUCAACGGAUUCAGAUGACCCUGAUUUUGAGGGGAUAGUGGACUCAGACUAUGAGGAUAUCAGUUCAGAUGAUGAUCAACAGUUCAACAACAAUGUGGAUGGUGACCCCGGGUUAGCAGAAGAGUAUGAGCAAAUGGGGUUCGAGGGAGCUAUUUCUGAAGAUGAUUUGGAAGGUUCAGAUGGAUCUUCUAAUGAGGGUGAGGAUCGAGGCAAAUUUGCAGUGAAGUGCAGAAGAAGGUACUAUGAUUAGAGGGAGUUCAACAGGAAAUCUGACAUGAGGAAGCCUACAUUUGAACUUGGGAUGACUUUUGCUAAUUCUAGGGAGUUCAAGAGUGCAAUUAGGAAGCACUCUGUGCAGACUAAGAAGGAACUCAGGUUUCAGACAAUCACAAGCCAUAAGGUGUGUGCUGUAUGCAUAACUUCAGCGGAUUGUCCAUGGAGGAUAUAUGCUAGUUCCACUGACCUCGACAAUCCUACCAUCUACAUAAAAGGCCUGUAGCUUGAGCACAAGUGUUGUUCUCUGGCAGGCAAAGUGUAUCACAUGCAUGCACCAUUCCUGGCUAGGAGUACAUGGAUUUUUUUUUUGAAUGAUCCCAAGUGGUCAACAUAAGGUAUACAAAAUGCAGUCAACAAGGACUUCAGAAUGGAAGUGGGAUAUCAAAUGGCUUAUAGAGCCAAGGUGAAGGCAACUAAGAUGGCUCAGGGAAGUUAUGCAAACCAGUACAGCCUCUUAGAAAGCUAUGCACAUGAAUUGAAGAAAAGGAACCCAGGAAUCUCAAUUUGGAUAGCCAUUGAGUUGGAUGGGGAUUUGACUAGGUUUAAAAGAAUAUAUAUUUGCAUCGAGGCUUUGAAGAAAUGUUGGAAGAAGGGGUGCAAGCCCAUAAUAGGGUUGAAUGGUUGUCACCUCAAGGGUAUGCCUAAGGGACAGCUUUUAUCUGCUGUAGGAAUAAAUGGGAACAAUGGUAUAUAUCCUAUUGCAUGGGCAAUAGCUGAAGCUGAAAGCAGAGAAUCAUGGCAGUGGUUUCUGAAAUUUCUGAAGGAAGACUCGGAUAUACAUCACUCAAGUCACUACUCAUUCAUGAGUGACAAGCAGAAAAGUCUUGAGCAAGUAAUUAAGGAUCUGUUUCCAGACUCCCAACAUAGACAUUGUGUCAGACACAUGCAUAACAAUUUCAAGAAUGAUGGCCAUAGAGGGUUGGAGUUGAAGCAGAAGCUAUGGGCAGUGGCUAGAGCUUGUACAAUGAAGACAUAUGCAAGUGCAAUGGAAGAUAUGAAGAAGAGUUCAGUUGGAGCAUGGCAGUGGUACUUGGAUAGGCCAGCUAUACACUGGUCCAAGUCUCAUUUUCAUGAGAAAUUCAAGUGUGAUGUUCUGCUCAAUAACCAUAGUGAAAGCUUCAACAAAAGCAUUCUAGAAACAAGGAAGAAACAUAUUCUCCCAUGCUUGGAAUAUAUCAGAAUGGCCACAAUGUUGAGGUUGGCAAACAGGAGGCAAAGUGGGCCAAAUUAGAGGUGUAGAGUUGGCGCAAGGGUGAAGAAACAGUUGAAGAAACAAGCAGAGUUGGCUGCUGAUUAUAGACCAAGGGAGUCAAGUGACCUCAGGUUUGAAAUUCAAGGAAGAGGGGUGGGCUGUGCAAGUGGGGUGGUGGCACAACAUUCUGUGGCUUUAGAUAUGAAGUCUUGUACCUGUAAGAGAUGGGAUAUUUCUGGUCUUCCUUGUGGCCAUGCCAUAGCUGCAAUAUACUCAAAGGGAAGGUCCCCAGAUGAGUUUGUGGAUGACUACUUUACAAAGGAGAGGUACAUGAAGGCAUAUGAACCAAUCAUGUACCCAAUAACUGGAGUGCAGGAGUGGGAGAUGAUAAACAGGCCUAUUGCCCCACCUCUCUAUAGGAGACAGCCUGAGAGACCUAAGAUGGCUAGAAACAAAGAAGCAGGUGAAGUGGAACCACCUGCUGGAUUAACCAAGCUGCCCAGAGUUUAUUACACUCAAGUUAAAUGUGGCAUCUGUAAGAAAAAAGUCCACAAUAGGAGGACAUGUCUCAGCAGAAAUUAGGUAAUUUUAUUUGUUGUCCAUGGAGCUAUUUAUGUUGGGUUUUAUACAUUAAUUUUGUGUGUAUGCUGUAAUGUAGGCUCCAAAUGCUAAUGACCAACCUGAAGCUCAACAUGAGGAGGUUGAACAUGAGGCUGUGCAGCAGGAGGUUCAAAUUGAAGAGGUGCCAACUAAUAAUGUGCAGCAGGAGGUUCAAGCUGAGGAAAGCAUUCCAGCCCCUGAUUUUGUGCCUUUUAUGCAGUCACAACAGUCCACUAAUGUAUUUUGGGCAACACAAGUAUAUUUUUUCCCACUUCUGCAAGCAAAUUUUGUUCUAAGCUGUGCUGUUAUGGAAAUAUGUUGAUUAGUUUAGUUUGGCCAUUAUAAUGUAAUGCAAUCUAGUCAAGCUCCAGAGAGUUCCUCAUCUAGGCCUGGGUUCACAGACAGGAGGUUCAAAUCCCUUGCACACAGAAAACCAAAGACUCGGAACACAUGAAGUGACUUGCAUCAUCAUCUGAAUAGAGUAUUGUAGUGGAAAUAUAUGUAG